CUCAUUUGGUGGCCUCUCGCAGGCCAAACACGCUCUGUUAGUCCACCAGUUUGGUGCCUCCCCAGUCUCCGCCCUUUUCCGCUGCUCUCGUUUUCAUCAGUCUGUUCUUCGAUUCCUGGCCUAUGUCUUCCCAAUCGAUGAUCCGGAAGUAAAGGGCGAAACUUGACUACAAGUAGCAGAAGGAGGCGACUGCAGUAGGCUGUAGCUGCAGCUGCCAGGAGGAGAUGGCCAAGGGGUUCAGGAACCCCAACCUCACCCGCGCAAGGCCGCUAGGUUACUGGAUCGGCUUGGCUGCUGUGUUCAUGCUGGUCUUCUUCAGCUACCUCACCAUGUCGAGGACUAAUUCCAUGCGCAUUCCUGUUGGCGGACCUAGUGAGUUUGUGAAGCAUGUGGAGAGGAACCCUAUAUGUGAUCUCUCAAACAAUAAAUCUGAUAUCUGUGAAGCCAAUGGUGAUGUCAGGAUCAUCGGCAAAGACAUCAGGAUGGUGUUUGUUGCCCCUCAAUCCAUUGACAUCAAAGAAAAUGAUUCAUGGACAAUCAAGCCUUAUGCUCGAAAGUGGGAUGAAGGAUCUGGUGCUCGAGUUCGACCAGUGACAUUGAAACUAGUCUAUGGUCACCCAGAAGACAAACCCUGUUUGAUCAACCACACUGUCCCUGCAAUGGUAUUUGCAAUUGGCGGCUGGUCUGGAACCAAUUACUUCCAUGAUUUCGUUGAUGUGUUGGUUCCUCUAUUUGAGACUGCUCAUCCUUUUGGGGGAGAAGUUCAGUUCCUCAUAGCUAACAUGGACCCUCAAUUUAUGAACAAAUACAAGUUGUUCUUCAAGAAGCUUUCAAGGUAUGAUUUCAUUGGGUAUGACAAUGAUGAUAGAAUCCACUGCUUCCAGCAUGUCACCCUUGGACUUAGAUGCACCAGCACGGAUGACUUCCAAAUGGAGCCCUCCAAAUCCCCUCAUGGCUACACAAUGUUCCACUUUGCAAACUUCAUGAGGAGUGUAUUCUCGCUUGAGAGAGAGUAUCCUGUGAAUCUCAAGGAUGCAGGCCAAUCGAAGAAACCAAAGCUCAUGAUCAUAACUAGAAUCAACACAAGAAAGUUCAUGAAUGUGGAGGAGAUUCUAAAUCUAGCCCAAGAGGUUGGCUAUGAGGUAGUGAUCACUGAAGGGGACUCUGAUCUCUCUAAAUUUUCACGCAUUGUGAACUCCUGUGAUGUGCUUAUGGGUGUUCAUGGUUCGGCACUCACCAAUAUGGUGUUCCUCCCUACCAAUGGUGUGGUGAUUCAAGUAGUACCUUGGGGAAAUUUGGAUUGGAUUGCUGGACAUUACUUCCGGGAGCCUGCAAAACAAAUGAAGCUAAAUUAUUUAGAGUACAGUAUCAACGAGGAGGAAACAACACUGACCGAGCUGUAUCCAAGAGACCAUGCAGUGUUCAAGGAUCCAAUGUCACUGCAUCCUCAGAAUGCAAACUGGGAGACAUUCUCCAGGAUCUUCCUGAAAGAACAGAAUGUGAGGCUUGAUGUGAAAAGGUUUAAGCCCUUCCUGGAACAUGCACUCCAAAUUUUCGGUGAACAACAAUGAGUAUUUCAUUAAUGUUCUUUUUCCCAGUUAAUAUUUAUUUUUAGGAAUUUGUGGUGUACACUGAGUUGCAGCUACUAUGGACAGCUAAAAUUACUGUUAGCAAUUUAUUCAAGUUGCUACAAUCAAAAUUGAGUUUCCAAUCUACUUCAACACCAAAUAAUAUUUCUUCAGUUGUGCUUU